ACUCAACCGAGUGAACUCAGCGAAACACCAAUAAACAUUGUAGGCACACACUCUCCAUCCUUUUUCCAGCUAAAGACAGAUCUCAUAUUCUCUCAUCACACAAACUCACAUUGGAAACAAACAAACAUGGCAACAACAUCUUCAUCUUCAAGAGAUGAACCAUUUUUGAAGAAGAAAAAGAAACAAUGUUUGGGUUGGAUUGAAUGGUUAAGAGGGUGGUUCUAUUUAUUCUACGAAAUUCUAUUCCAAAGAAUCAUGGCUAGUCAUUUACAUAACCCUAUGGAAAUUCCACCCAUCAAUUCUCUCACUUGUAUUGUCACUGGUUCCACUAGUGGCAUUGGCUUAGAAAUUGCAAGACAAUUAGCACAAUCAGGAGCACAUGUUGUUAUGGCUGUGAGGAACACAAAGGCAGCUAAUGAAUUGAUCCAGAAGUGGCAGAUUGAAUCUGCAGGAUUUGGUAUUGCACUCAAUGUUGAGGUGAUGGCGGUGGAUCUUCUCUCAUUGGAUUCUGUGGCGAGGUUUGCCGAAGCUUGGAAUGCACGAUCUGCACCCUUGCAUGUUCUCAUUAAUAAUGCCGGCAUUUUUUCCAUUGGAGAGCCACAAAAGUUUUCAAAAGAUGGUUACGAAGAACACUUGCAAGUGAAUCAUCUUGCUCCUGCUUUGCUUUCAAUACUUCUUUUGCCAUCCCUUAUUAGGGGAUCUCCUAGUCGAAUUGUGAACUUGAAUUCCGUUAUGCAUCAUGUUGGUUUUGUUGAUGCUGAAGACAUGAAUGUCACAUCAGGAAAAAGGAAGUUUUCUAGUUUGGUGGGAUACUCAAGCAGCAAGUUAGCACAGAUUAUGUUUAGUAGCGUUCUUUAUAAGCGACUUCCUGCUGAAGCCGGCAUCAGUGUAAUGUGUGUAUCUCCUGGAAUUGUGCAAACCAAUGUUGCAAGGGAUCUUCCAAAGUUAAUUCAAACUUGGUAUCAUUUGAUACCUUACUUCAUUUUUAAUGCUCAAGAAGGUUCUAGGAGUACACUUUUUGCUGCCACUGAUCCGCAAGUUUCAGAGUAUUGCGAGUUGUUGAAAUCGGACGAUUGGCCCGUUUGUGCCUAUAUUUCUCACGAUUGUCGUCCGACAAAUCCGUCAGAAGAAGCACAUAAUCUUCAAACAUCGCAUGAAGUAUGGGAAAAGACAUUAGACAUGAUCGGCCUUCCUUCAAAUGCCGUGGAGAGGUUUAUCGAAGGAGAAGAAGUUAAAUGUCGUUACGGUGCGGACAACAAAAACGGUAGUCUACUAAUUCACAAUGGUGAAACCAAAACACUUGAUUAACACAAGUAUCCCUACAUGGUAGUAAUGAACAUUUCAUUUUGAAUAUGGGAGAAGAGCUCAAAAAAAUUUCAACUAGAUUGAUUGAUAUGCCUUGUGCUGCAAGCAUGUGCUUAUUAGGGGACAAAUUUCCAAAUCUAAAAUUCCAAAAAGUUUAUGUACAUUAUUUUUUUAAUCUUAUUUAUACACAUAAAAAAGUGUUUUGACCUUAAUGUUUUGAAUUUUGCUGACAUUAUGAUGGUUAAAUAUAGGAGUAAGAACUAAAUGAGUACUAUGAUGUAUUUGUAUAAUAAUUGUUUUGACCCUUGGUAAUAGGUGAAUGUGAUUGUCCUAAAGAAGUAGAGGCUUCCAUUUUACAAUGGUUGCUUUCAAAAUGAGUA